AUGGCAUCAGAGACACUCUAUAAACUGGGAGAUGGGGAGGAGACCACGCUGAAGAAGGAAACCCUCAACAUUUUGAACGCACUCAAUCAAAUGUUGAAGCCCUUUCCAAACCCCAAGUCUAUGAACAGGACCGUCACUACCAAAGGACUCCCAUUUUCCUCAGGGGGCAGUUUGGUUAACUUCUUGGAGGAAGGUGCCAUCCAUCUACCGAAGCAGAUGCCAAUGGAGGAUUCUGAAUGCAGCUCUGAUGACACCAGCAUCUCCCCCAUGUCAUCCACUUUGUUGAAUCCCAUCAAAUUGGCCGUGACCCAGCCCAGUAGCAGCUUCUUUGCAGGGAUGCUGGAGGGCGAGCUGAACAAACUCAGCUUCUCCUCGAUGGACAAGAGUACAGAAAAGGGGGACCUGGCCCUCUGCCCCCAGUCUAAGUCCCAAAUAGCCCCUUGUGGCCUGCUGGACCUUGACAACCCUGAGGUGGACACAGACACCUCCUCAACGCCCUCAGAGUCCUCUGUGGUCCUGGAUGUGCCGGAGGCGCCCUUCAUCUAUGAACACACGGUCAGCGAUUCCAUGGCUGUGAUUUCCUGGACCUACGCCCCAGGCAAGCAGCGGGUCAAUUUCUACCAGGUCCUGUUGCAGGAGAUGGUCAGGAAAAAUGAUAGUGAGAUGCCCAAGGCAAAGAAUCACCCAUGGAUCUUCGAUAAGAUCAUGAGCACCACCGUCAAGCUGAUGAAUCUGAAGACUAACACGAGUUACUGCCUGACUGUUCGCGCAGCCAACACCGCUGGGGUGGGGAAGUGGUGCAAGCCCUACAAAUUUGCAACCGUUGAUACAGACUUGACCAGCUUCCCCGAGAACAAUCCUAUCCAGAUCACCGUGCAGCGCAAGAAACCCCAGCGGAAAACCAUAUCCAUGGGGUUGGAGGACAUGCGGAGGCUAGAAGAUCUGGAAUACCUCUUUCCCUACUAA